GGUAAACUUGGAGAAGAAGGCGGGGCUAAAACUGGCGAAGGCGUGGCUUCUUGGCUGCUUGACGAAGUGUCGUGAAUGAAAGAAAGGAGACCGCAGAAGUAAAGAAGUGGGGAGUUUAGGAAAGUGCCUGAUUUGGGUAAUCGAAAGCACCCAGUGAUUGUAUUUGAUGACUUUUAAGCUUUCAUAUGCCAUUAUUUAAUACCUGUCACUUCCAAAUGAGAGAUGUAAGGGCAACGGCCGUUAGCGUUCUGUUUUGGAUCAGGCUCUGGAGUGGACGCCCCUAGCUUAGGGGUCCUUCUAGGCAGCCAGAAACCUGCGGAAAAUGGUAGCGAUGGCGGCUGGGCCAAGUGGGUGUCUGGUGCCGGCGUUUGGGCUACGGUUGUUGUUGGCGACUGUGCUUCAAGCGGUGUCUGCUUUUGGGGCAGAGUUUUCAUCGGAGGCAUGCAGAGAGUUAGGCUUUUCUAGCAACUUGCUCUGCAGCUCUUGUGAUCUUCUCGGACAGUUCAACCUGCUUCAGCUGGAUCCUGAUUGCAGAGGAUGCUGUCAGGAGGAAGCACAAUUUGAAACCAAAAAGCUGUAUGCAGGAGCUAUUCUUGAAGUUUGUGGAUGAAAAUUGGGAAGGUUCCCUCAAGUCCAAGCUUUUGUUAGGAGUGAUAAACCCAAACUGUUCAGAGGACUGCAAAUCAAGUAUGUCCGUGGUUCAGACCCUGUAUUAAAGCUUUUGGACGACAAUGGGAACAUUGCUGAAGAACUAAGCAUUCUCAAAUGGAACACAGACAGUGUAGAAGAAUUCCUGAGUGAAAAGUUGGAACGCAUAUAAAUCUUGCUUAAAUUUUGUCCUAUCCUUUUGUUACCUUAUCAAAUGAAAUAUUACAGCACCUAGAAAAUAAUUUAGUUUUGCUUGCUUCCAUUGAUCAGUCUUUUACUUGAGGCAUUAAAUAUCUAAUUAAAUCAUGAAAUGGCAGUAUAAUCCAUGAUAUCUAAGGAGUUGGCAAGCUUAACAAAACCCAUUUUUUAUAAAUUUCCAUCCUCCUGCAUUUGUUGAUACCACUAACAAAAUGCUUUGUAACAGACUUGCGGUUAAUUAUGCAAAUGAUAGUUUGCGAUAAUUGGUCCAGUUUUACGAACAACAGAUUUUUAAAUUAGAGAGGUUAACAAGACAGAUGAUUACUAUGCCUCAUGUGCUGUGUGCUCUUUGAAAGGAAUGACAGCAGACUACAAAGCAAAUAAGAUAUACUGAGCCUCAACAGAUUGCCUGCUCCUCAGAGUCUCUCCUAUUUUUGUAUUACCCAGCUUUCUUUUUAAUACAAAUGUUAUUUAUAGUUUAUAAUGAAUGCACUGCAUAAAAACUUUGUAGCUUCAUUAUUGUAAAACAUAUUCAAGAUCCUACAGUAAGAGUGAAACAUUCACAAAGAUUUGCGUUAAUGAAGACUACACAGAAAACCUUUCUAAGGAUUUGUGUGGAUCAGAUACAUACUUGGCAAAUUUUUGAGUUUUACAUUCUUACAGAAAAGUCCAUUUAAAAGUGAUCAUUUGUAAGACCAAAAUAUAAAUAAAGUUUCAAAAAUCUAUCUGAAUUUGGAAUUCUUCUGGUUUGUUCUUUCAUGUUUAAAAAUGAUGUUUUUCAAUGCAUUUUUUUCAUAUAAGCCCUUUUUUUAGCCAAAAUAUAAAAAUGGCUGUAAUAUUUAAAACUUAUAACACCUUAUUGUUGGUAAUAGUGCUUUAUAUUUGUCUGAUUUUAUUUUUCAAAGUUUUUUCAUUUAUGAACACAUUUUCAUUGGUAUAUUAUUUAAGGAAUAUCUCGAUAUAGAAUUUUUAUAUUAAAAAUGAUUUUUCUUUGCUUAA